GACUACCAAACACAAGCUGCAGUCUCACUCUCCUCCUCGUCUGUCUCCUUUCCUGCUCUCUUUUCCCACCACUUCCCCGUCUCUCUCUCUCUCCCUCUCUUAGUCUUUCUGCCUCUCAGACGCCCUCCCUCCACCUUGUUUUCAUUCAAGUUGUUUACCCUCGUCCUCCUCGCCUCUCACUCUUCUGUGUGUCUCUUUUCCUCCAUUGUCACUGCUGUUUCUGCUGUUGAUCAUCUGGCAGCCUCACCCCACAUCCCUCCCAUCCAACCAAAACCUCCUCCUCUUCCUCCUCCUCUGCCUCCCCCUUCUGGGUUUGGAGAUCUUAAGAGCCGCUCAGCACACGCUUCCGCAUAGCAUAACAGACUCCGCUCCCGCAUUGGGUAAAACAUGUCAACCGUCCUGGACCUGGAGCAGAUUUCGUAUGCUGGAAAUGAUGCGGAACACGACAUUGAAACUCCUCACGGAGUUCUCCAUGUGACGAUGCGAGGCGUUCCCAAGGGCAACAGGCCCGUCAUCCUCACCUAUCACGACAUCGGACUCAACCACAAGUCCUGCUUCAACACCCUGUUCAACUAUGAGGACAUGCAGGAGAUCACCCAGCACUUUGCUGUGGUCCAUGUGGACGCGCCCGGCCAGCAGGAGGGCGCGCCUCCCUUCCCUAGUGGAUACCAUUACCCUACCAUGGACGAGCUGGCUGAAAUGCUGCCCUCUGUGAUGACUCAGCUGAAGGUCAACAGUGUGAUCGGCAUCGGUGUAGGAGCUGGAGCUUACGUCCUCACCCGCUUUGCACUGAACAACCCCAGCCUCGUAGAAGGACUGGUUCUGAUCAACGUCGACCCGUGUGCUGAAGGCUGGAUUGAUUGGGCCGCUUCGAAGCUGUCUGGAUGGACCAGUAACUUGGUGGACAUUGUCAUGGCUCACCACUUCAGCACUGAUGAGCUGACAGAAAACCAGGAGCUGAUCCAGACCUACCGCCUCCACAUCGCCCAGGACAUCAACCAGGACAACCUGGCCCUGUUCUGUGGCUCCUACCAGUACCGCAGAGACCUUGAGAUCGAGAGGCCCAUCGUGGGGUUGAACGAGGAUACGGUGAACACACUAACGUGCCCCGCCCUGCUGGUGGUUGGAGACACGUCACCUGCUGUCGAGGCUGUGGUGGAGUGCAAUUCCAGGUUGAAUCCCAUCAAGACCACGCUGCUAAAGAUGGCUGACUGUGGAGGCUUGCCACAAGUUGUGCAGCCCGGGAAGCUCGCCGAGGCGUUCAAGUACUUUGUUCAGGGCAUGGGAUACAUUCCCUACGUUCUCCUCAGUCACCUGAGCAACGAAUCAGUGCCGUCAGCAGGAAUGACUCGCCUGGCUCGCUCGCGCACCACCUCCUCCUCCAGCAUCACCUCCAUGGAGAGCAGCCGCAGCCGCAACAACAUCAGCAGCCUGCUGGAGGGCAACGCCGCCGCCACCGCCGCCGGGGCGCUGGACAGCCAGGUGGCGCCCCAGACCAUGGAGGUGUCCUGUUAAACCCCACCCCACCUGCGUGCGCACUCCCACAGUAAUUUAUACGCCACUCCCCUCCUCCCUCUCUUUUCUCUCUCAUCCUGCUCCCAAGCUACUCGACGCCAGAGGGAGUGUGUGAGUGUGUGUGAUUAGAAAAGGAGGAGCUAAUAAAAAAAAUAUAUUAACAGAUGCAUAUUAGAGGAUAUGUUAUACAUAUAUACUGUCAAAGUCAACAUACUAACAUAAACGAUGAGAACAUUCAGAUGUUGUAUAUUUAAAUGUUUGAGUCAGCUGUCUAACCUUGUAUUUAUUUUUUGUUUUUGUUUUAAGCCUCUUCAGACCUUCAUUGUAGAAAUUCUCUGUUCACUAGAGCUUCUUUUAUUUCAUUGUGUUUUUAUUUUUUUUUUAAGUUCUUACAUGGAUUUUCAGCAAAUUGUGUUUCUCUUUGUAAACCUGCUGCAACGCAGAGGAGUCACAGAAGGAAGCGAGGGACAAAAACAUGCGCAGAUUCUUGUCGGGACGCAGGUUUGGGAUGUGAAAGAUGAGGCCGCGAUGAAUCAUUUUAAAGGUCUUUCCCGGAUGGGAUGUUUUUAUGUGGUGCGAUAAAACUGAAAACAGGUGUGCUCGAAAAGGCUCGAGUUUCAUUUGCGUGUUUUCAAGGUUUGGAACGCGUUUCAUUUCAUCUAAAGUUCUUGUCACCUUUUUUGAAACUAAGCGCAAUCUAUAGCGUCUGAUUAAAAGUCUGAAUUUGGAGAGCAUCAUUUAAAGUUGAAACUGACUGGAUAUUUAAGCAUAGUAAAACGACGCUUUUUUCUUACUUUCUGAAAUUAAUUCUUGUUUUAUGUUACAAUUAGCAAAAUAAUUUCAAUUUGGUAAAUUCCAUAAAACUUAGCAAGAUUUUUUUUUUUGCAACUUAACCCAGUCAGAUGUAUGAGACGGAGACAUUUGAAAACAUAAAAUUUAGCUACAUUUCAUCUUACUUUGUCUCUGCUGUAGAAUAUAGAAUACCAUCACAAGCCAUUAUUAAUAACUGUAAUAAAUUACAUCAGAGGGUAGCAAAUUGAAAUGGUUUUUAUAUUGUUCUCCUCUUAAAAUCUGGAGCUGGAAAACUUUGAAAAGACUGAAGAAGUGCAUGAACUUUCUGCGAGAAAAAUGGGCGAACUGGAAAAACAAACCAGACAUUUUGUUAAUCUAGCCUUUAAAGCCAGAUUACAGAGCAUUAAAGCAGGGGUGUCAAACUCCAGUCCUCAAGGGCCGCUGUCCUGCAUCUUUUAGCUGUGCCUCUACUGCACCACACCUGAAUAGAAUAAUUAUGUCAUUAUCAAGGCUGGGAGAACUGAUCUACACAAGGAGGUGGUAAUUAAGCCAUUUCAUUCCAGUGGUUUGUACCUGUGGCACAUCUAAAAGCUGUAGGUCUGUGGCCCUCGAGGCCUGGAGUUUGACACCUGUGCAUUAAAGGAAUCUUGUUUAAAGGUAGCAGUCAGGAGAAGGAUACAAGAUCUUGCAGUGCAUCAUUUGUAUACCAUGGUGACAAAAGCGGGUGGAGGAGGAUCGCUGAGAGGCCAAAAGUAAUAACAAGAGCAGCUUGUGUUCUCCAUGCACUAAGAAUGUAUUAUUGGUGAAACGGUUCCCAGUGUCAGCCAUGUUUGACUGAAAACCUUCACUUAAUCAAGUAAACGUUUUUUUUUCUCUUCCUUCCAUCUCGCCAAUUCAUUGCUUUUCAGUUGAAUCGAUGCAUUAAAGAUGAGGGGAACAAAGUUGUAAGAAUGCAUUUAGGUCUCAUUAUUUUACACCACAUAAACCGUAACAGGCACACGUUUGUGAGCCAGCAGAGGAGCCGCAUUUUGACGGCAGAUAAAGUGAGGCAGAUGUAGCACAAGUGAGAUUCCCCUAGAAAAUGUCACCGUUUAGCUUAGCUCCUUGUGAUCAAACUCAACGCCUCCAUCUUUUUCUGUAAUUCUUUACGCUCCGUGUUGAUGUUUGUGUUCGGGCUGAAUGGAUUUUUCACUGACGCUUAAUAAACAGGUUCAGGUGUGAAACGCGUAGCAGUCCUGUCACGUAUAGGGGCCAAGAACGGCUUCUCAUUGUCCGCUGAUUCAGCUCAUUUCUACUACUACUGAAUAAAAAGCUGCGAGACGAGAA